AUGGCGACAACUGUUCCAGUUGCAGUGGUACCCAGCAGGACCCUCUCACCAUGCGGGGAGACAUCUCCAGAAGUGCAGCAAGCAAUCACCAUGGACACCACAGGACUGGCCGAAUCGCCAAGAAAUUCUCUCAUCAGCCAGAGGCCUGCCAGGUUAUCACGACUCAUCAUCUCCCUGCAAGCGUGGGCAGCCAGGCAUGCGCACCAGGAGAACCAGAGACCAGACUCUUUUCUGGAUCGUUUCCAGGGAGCUGAGCUCAAGGAAGUGUCUAGCCAAGAAAGCAAUGCCCAAUCCAGUGGAGACAGUCAGGAUCCACCAGGCAGAGAGAAAAGUGCCAGAAACAACAUCAAUGCCUGCAACAACUCGGAGAAGGAUGACAAGGCAAAAACUGAGGAAAAGGAGAAAAAGGAAGACAAGAUAAAGGACAACUUGCUCAAACAGGAGGAAAAGAAGGAGGCAACAGUGAUAGACCCCUCUAGCAACAUGUACUACCACUGGCUGACUGCCAUUGCCCUGCCCGUUUUCUACAACUGGUGCUUGCUGGUCUGCAGGGCCUGUUUUGAUGAGCUUCAGUCUGAACAUCUGAUGCUGUGGCUGGUCCUGGACUACUCAGCAGAUGUCCUCUAUGGCCUGGAUCUGCUGGUGCGAGCCCGCACAGGUUUCCUUGAGCAAGGCUUAAUGGUCAAGGAUGCUGAGAGGCUGUGGAAGCACUACGCCAAGACCAUUCAUUUCAAGCUGGAUCUGUUGUCGCUGGUCCCCACGGACCUGGCUUAUCUAAAGCUGGGUAUGAACUAUCCAGAACUGAGGUUCAACCGCCUAUUGAAAAUUUCCCGGCUCUUUGAAUUCUUUGACCGCACAGAAACGAGGACCAACUAUCCCAAUGUGUUCAGGAUUGGGAAUCUUGUUUUGUACAUCCUCAUUAUCAUCCACUGGAAUGCCUGCAUCUACUUUGCCAUUUCCAAAUUCAUUGGUUUUGGGACAGACUCCUGGGUCUACCCAAACAUUUCAAUUCCAGAGUACGGACGCCUCUCCAGGAAGUACAUUUACAGCCUCUACUGGUCUACCUUGACCUUGACGACCAUCGGUGAGACCCCACCCCCAGUCAAAGAUGAGGAGUAUCUCUUUGUGGUCAUUGACUUUCUGGUGGGUGUCUUGAUUUUUGCUACCAUUGUGGGUAAUGUGGGCUCAAUGAUCUCCAACAUGAAUGCUUCUCGGGCAGAAUUCCAAGCCAAGAUCGACUCCAUCAAGCAGUACAUGAAGUUCCGCAAGGUGACAAAGGACUUGGAGACGCGAGUUAUCCGCUGGUUUGACUACCUGUGGGCCAACAGGAAGACAGUAGAUGAGAAGGAGGUGCUCAAGAACCUCCCGGACAAGCUGAAGGCUGAGAUUGCCAUCAAUGUACACUUGGACACUUUAAAAAAGGUUCGCAUCUUUCAGGAUUGUGAGGCAGGGCUGCUGGUGGAACUGGUGCUGAAGCUGCGGCCUGCCGUAUUCAGCCCUGGAGAUUACAUCUGCAAGAAAGGGGACAUUGGGAGGGAGAUGUACAUCAUCAAGGAGGGCAAGCUGGCUGUGGUGGCUGAUGAUGGAGUCACCCAGUUUGUGGUCCUAAGUGAUGGGAGUUACUUUGGGGAGAUCAGCAUCUUAAACAUCAAGGGGAGCAAGUCAGGGAAUCGCAGGACGGCCAACAUUAAGAGCAUCGGUUACUCAGACUUGUUCUGCCUCUCGAAGGAUGACCUAAUGGAGGCUCUGACCGAGUAUCCUGAGGCCAAGAAGGCCCUGGAGGAUAAGGGACGGCAGAUCCUCAUGAAGGACAAUCUGAUCGACGAGGACCUGGCCGGGCCUGCAGGAGACCCUAAGGACAUUGAGGAGAAGGUGGAAUACCUGGAGUCCUCCCUUGACAACCUCCAGACAAGGUUUGCAAGACUCCUGGCUGAGUACAAUGCCAUGCAGCUGAAGGUGAAGCAACGUCUCAGCCAGCUGGAGAGCCAGAUGAAGGCCAGUGGGGGCAGUGUCCUCUCGGAUGGGGAUCCUCCUGAGAAUGCUACAAAACCAGAGGAUAAACAGUGA